UCCAACCACUGAACUUCUCAGCUUCAUCAUUCCCCCCCUCCCCCUUCUUCUCCUUCUCUUUUUUCCUUCUUAAACCCUAAACCUUCGACGCCGCCAUGUCCCUCCUCGGGCGUCUCAGCGCGCUGGUGCGCCCACUCCGCAACCGUCGCCACUCUCAGAUCGCUGGAAGAGCGUACGGAUCUGCGGCAGCGCUGGAGGUGGAUUACGAUUACUAUGAGGACGACGAUGAUUUCGAGAGACUGACUGGGGAUCAGAGCCAUGGCAGGGCGAUGGCUGACUCUCGAGGGUGGGUGCCGAAAAGAGGAGUGCAGUGGGUGGUUUUGGGAGACCCUAGGGCGAAGAAGCAUGUCUAUGCAGAAAGGCUCUCGAAGCUUCUUGAUGUUCCUCAUAUUUCCAUGGGAGCCCUUGUUCGUCAGGAGCUUCAUCCUCGGUCUUCCAUCUACCAGCAGAUUGCUAGUGCAAUCAAUGAAGGAAAGCCUGUUUUGGAAGAAAUCAUUUUCAGACUGUUGUCAAAGAGGCUAGAAGAAGGGUAUUGCAAUGGUGAAUCAGGCUUCAUUCUUGAAGGAAUUCCAAGAACAAGGAAUCAAGCAGAGAUUCUUGACCAAAUUGCAGAUAUCGAUUUGGUCAUUAAUUUUAAAACAACUGAAGAGCCUUUGAUUAGAAAGAAUCUAGGUUCUGGAAACUUCUCUGGCUUUCAUGAAUAUAGUACUAUAUGCAGCUCUGGAAGCAGUCAAAAUCUUCAGCCAAAGGACAAAGAGCCGAAAUGCCUUUCUGCUACUACAGAAUAUUCUUGGAAAGAAAUGACAUCUAUGGAGCAGGUUCAGAGGAAGCCAUUAGUGGAGUACUACAGAGGACAAAGGAAACUUGUUGACUUCCAAGUAAGAGGAGCUCCCGGAGAAACAUGGGAAGGGUUAUUAGAAGCAUUACAUCUUCAGCAUAUUAAUGCUCUUAGUUCUUCUUCUUCUACACAGAAGCUAACCACAUGAUUAGCUUUCAAGUUUUGGUUGUUCUGUUUUUUGGUGUUUUUUUCUUUUUAACCAUGCCGGCGUAGUAGUAAAUAUAAAAUGUGAGAGUGUAUUGACAUAACAACAUAAUGCUGGAGUUUUAUCUCCACCAUAUAUAUUGAGUUUUGAAGUUUUGGUUCCACAAAUUUUUGUUUGCUGGAUGCUUUGAAUGAAUGUAAGCAAACCAGUUUGUGAGUUUUGUAAUGUAGAAGUCAGAAAUAAGAGAGAUCCUCUCUUUACUCUUUUAUACUAUAAAGUGUACCUUUCCACUUAUGACUGACAUUAAAUGCCCUUUUUUGUCUCAA